GGAGUUUUUAGUUUACAAACUUAUUUAACAACAUAAUUAUUCCUUUAAUGUGCGGAGUGACGAUGCUCGACAAAAUCCGUAACGAAUACGUGCGCGGCAGUCUCGGCGUACGCGACAUCUCCGAAAAGCUACAAGAGAGCAGGCUCCGUUGGUUUGGACGGUGUCCGACUGGCUGACGUUCCUGCUGUCCAUGUCGUGCUGCCAGUGCUGGGCCGGCAUGCCCCCGCCUAGCAUCAGCGACAAUGACUCCAUCUCGUGCUACAAGAUGCUAUCCUCCUCUCACAUGGAGUUCAUAGACGUCGAAGAGCUCGACCAAAAUGCUGUGGACCUACUGCACUCCGAUGAGGAAUUAGACACUACAGCUCAUCCGAUGAGAAAUCUACACAUCACAGACAGUACCUUAUCAGGCCCAUCGAUCUACAUAGACCAGGCAUGCGGUGAACCACAGGGGCAGCAACUGGUACUGGACUUUGCGCCCACUGCUGCAGACUUAGAAAUCGAAUUGCGGAACCUGGUAUGCGACCUCGAGAGCAGCCACGGCAGUGGAUCGACAAACGUAACGUCGGAUUCGGAAGCCGGUCUGUCCAGGGCUCAAAGAGACCACAGCCGAGCUCAGUACCGAGCCAGCCACUACGCCCAUGGCAGCGACAUGGAGGUGGAAGUCAAGAACCACCUCCCAGAAUACGAUGGAAGCAUCCCUGUGGUCAACCGUUGCUCAGAGUCAUUUACUAAUGGGAACCAGGAGGAAACUCACGGACAGACUAUAUCAGGCCCGUCGAUCUACAUAGACCAGGCUUGCGGUGAACCACGGGGGCAGCAACUGGUGCUGGACUUUACGCCCACUGCUGCAGAUUUAGAGAAUGAAUUGCGGACUCUGGUAUACGACCUCGACAGCAGCCACGGCAGUGGACCGACAAACGUAAACUCUCAUUCGGAAGCCGGUCUGUCCAGGGCUCAAGGAGACCACACCCGAGCUCAGUACCGAGCCAGCCACUACACUCAUGGCAGCGACAUGGAGGUGGAAGUCAAGAACCACCUCCCAGAAUACGACUGCAGCAUCCCUGUGGUCAAUCGUUGCUCAGAGCCAUUAGCCAAUGAGAACCAGGAGGGAAAUUACAGGCAGAUGUCAGCGCCAUUAAUCAGUUUCCAACCACCGAAUGUAAAGUCGACAGUUGGGAGUCUCCGCCUCCAGGUAUCUCCAGAACGUGAGGUGAAAUCCUUGACCUGUGAGGAAAACCUCGCAUUUGAAGGUGAUGUGGAAGCGGGUCUUAAGGUAGACUGUACAGAAAGUGAUCAGAGAUCGAUGAAGGCACCUUCAGUUAUGAAAGGGCUCCGGAAUUCAGACAUGGACAACCAUUUCCCGGCCGUCCAUAACUGCACGAAAAUUAGCGACAAAGCCCGCUCCGCGCGUCCCUGAACGCGGCCUCAGACAGGCAGCAGAAAUCUUCAGGUUAGAAGGAAAAUCGGAGUUCCUCAUCGAAUCUUUACCUUUCAUCGCGGGGUGGUGGACCAGAAGAUGAAGUUGUGAUAAUUAUAAU